AUGGCAGGUCCUCCAGGUCCUCUUGGGCGGCAGGGGCCUCAGGGGCCCCCAGGAUUUCCAGGACCUCAGGGGCCUCCAGGAGAGAAGGGUCAGAGAGGAUAUGAGGGGCCGACGGGAGCUGCAGGACUGAAAGGAGACUUGGGAAGUGUCGGCGUUCCAGGUUUUCCAGGGUUAGAAGGUGUCCCGGGUCACCCAGGUCCUGCUGGAGGUCCUGGUUUUCCAGGUCUGGACGGAUGUAACGGUACCAGAGGAGAUAGAGGAGAUCCUGGACUUCCUGGAGAAUACGGGCCUGAUGGAGAACCGGGUUUUCCAGGACUGAAGGGAAUUAGAGGAGCUCAAGCUGUCAACAUUAUACAGUACCCCGGAAUACCUGGAGACGUUGGGCUGAGUGGACUCCCUGGUCUGAAGGGAGAACAGGGUCUCCCUGGUCCGAUGGGAAUUUCGGGUCCUGCAGGACUAGAUGGGACCAACGCUGUCAGGUCUCAUGACUGUGGACGUGGUGUUGAAGCGCCCCCUACUGCCCAGCCUGGGGACUGA